AUGCCUUUUAUCUCAAAAGACUGGCGAUCUCCUGGUGAAGAGUGGGUUAAAACACAGGAAGGAUGGGAGAAGAAGAAAGUUCUCGAAUGCACCGCGCAAAGAUACGCUGCUAUCUCUAACUUUAGUAGUUCUGACGAUAACCAGCAGAAAUGGAUCGCAUCAUCAGGCGAAGAAGGAGAAAAACCCUCGGAUGACGUUGUCGCAAGGAUCCCUCCACACUGUCACAUAACAAUCAAAUGUACGAGAGAGAUAGCCGGUUUUAAUGGUCUAUCUGAAGCAGUACGCCGUCUAGACUUCUCGUCGGCGGUGCGUGACGUACGACGCUUCAACUAUAUUUGCGCUCUAUUGGAGCUGUUAUUGGGGGGACAGAAGUUACCCAAUUUGCCGGGGGCUGCGCAAAAACUGUUAUUAUCCAUGCUCGAACAGUUGGCUGACCAAGUGGCCCAAUCGAAACAAAAUCUAAACGCGCUUAGAGCGCUUUUAGUCGCCUUAUCCGCUUUGCGUGAGGCGGAGAGACGCGCUUGUUGGGGACGACCACUGGGUUCCCGAGCCUUGUGGGGUCACCAUGAUCACGCCAUCGCUAGAAUAACACACAUCGCCAAUAGUAUUCGUAUUCAGGAGCCGGGACCAGAAGUAGUGCCUAAACUUCACGAUUUGCCUGAAGAGUGUAUUAGGGAAAUAUUAUUAAGGAUAUCGGAUCACAGGGAUUUAGAUUCAGCGUCCUCUGCUUGGACGGUUAUGUCGUCGGUAUGCUCGGAACAGCGUGUUUGGCGUGAACUAGUCAAGUUCCAUUUCACGCAGAGUCAAAUCGAUUCUGUGCAUAAGGACGAUAAGGAUAUCGAUUGGAAAAAAGUCUUCCAUCAACUAAGAAAACUUUAUGGGCUAAGGGAAGAUGCACAAUAUGCUGAAACAUUGUCAUUGUGCCGCCAUUGUAAGUGCCUGUUCUGGCGAUCGCUGGGACACCCCUGUAUAGCAGAUCAGUGUCCAGAGUAUCGUGAACGACUGAAGGAGGCGGGCGGGCCGCUGCCCCCUCACCCCAUACCUCCGGCCGCUUUUUUGAAAUUUUUCUCACUU